AUGUCGGACAGUGACUUCGAUUCGGGCGAAUCCGUGCUCUCGGCGAACUUCUCAGAGGCUGAGGCUUCCGAAUCGGACCACGAGUCGAGAACGGCAGCGGAACUUCAUGGAUCGCCGCACAACAAGAAACAGAAUUCGAGAAUCUCACAGAGCGCUCGCCAUGAGCAGCAGCCGUCGCUUAACAAGGACCGUCGGAGGAAGAGAGAAAAACUCAAGAUCGGCGAAGAGAUUCGCGCCCUCUCAGAUUUCGAGAGCGACGUGGCCACUCUGCAGAUCAAGGAGAUCCUGAAAGAAAUUACGCUCAAGGAAAAGAGACAAGCGCUCCUCGUAUGGUUCUCACAGAUUAGAACGUUCCUACUCGCUGUCGGUCAAGUUAACAAGAAGCAGCCGAAGAAGCAGCGGCUGCAGAGCCCUCCGGUUCCGAUUCCGAUCGAGGGCCCCUUCGCCCCGGCUGCUCAGCUCGUGGAUGAAUUCGUUUUCCAUGCACCGAAGAGCGUUCGGUUAGUAGGGAGUUUCGCUUACGACACGGCGGUGAAAUGGAGUGCCGUGGACAUCGCGGUCGAGAUGCCGGCAGAGUGUUUCGCAAAGUGGGAUUAUCACAACCUCAAGUAUCAUCACAAGCGGGCACUUUAUCUCGCGCAGCUCGCAGCCGCUCUCCAGGAGUCACCCACGCGUCUUUAUUCGAAAUUGCGGUGGCACGUCAACGGAGACUACCGUCUUCCCGAGUUGGUCCUCACGUCGAUCGAUGGGUCGUCCACCGCGCACAUACUGACUUUUCCGGAGGAGGAUUUCUUCCAAAAGUCUCGCUUCGCGUCCGACAAGUUGAACAUCCAAGAAAAGUUCAUCGGCAUGCCAAUGAAUUCGCGUAAGCCCGUCCCGAUCUAUAACGGAGGAGUUUUGCAGAACAUGCUCCUCGCAUCGACGGCCGAGUCCUUAUCAAAACAGUUGAGCUGCUCGAACGGCGUACGGGAGGGAAUACAGGUUCUGAAGCUUUGGCUCAAGAACCGGGGACUCUCGGAAGGUCCCGACGGCUUCUCGCCGUUCCUCCUGACGAUAUACGCGAGUCACCUGCUUAAAACGGAUCGUCUGAACUCGAUGAUGGGCGCCUACCAAGUUAUUCGCGCGAUCCUGGCCCAGAUCCAAGCCGACGACUGGACAUCGACGAGCGGGACGACAGAAACUACGGCGACAUCGAAUAGUGUUUUGCUCGACGAGUCCGCUUGUCAUAACUACUUCUACCGCUUGUCGACUUCUAGUCGAACGCUGUUGAAAGAGGAGGCACGGACCGCCUUGCACUCGAUGAACUCGGGCUCGGUCGCGUUGAUCAACGACCUGUUCUCAUCGAAAAUUCCUUUCUGUCGGAAGCUCGACUGCUACGCCCAAAUCUCUCUCGGCUGCAGCAAACGGAUGAGCGGUCUCGACGGAUGGACGCGAGCCGAUUUCGGCGGCAGUGUGCUCUGGCCCGCCGCAGAGGCGAUAUUGGCAACAUUGCGCCGCGCUUUCGGUCGACGGGUUUCUCUAUUAGCCAGCAAACCACUCGGGAGCGCGCAAUGGGACGUCGGCGGCGAAAUUCCUCAAGAGCCCCAGGAGCUCGAAAUAGGCUGGAACUUGAAUCCGGACGAGAGCCACCAUAUCGACAAGGGUCCGCCGGCGGAUUCGCCCGAAGCCGAGGAGUUCCGUAGUUUCUGGGGCGACAAGUGCGAGAUCCGUCGUUUCCAAGAUGGCUCGAUACUCGAGACGGUCGUGUGGCCCGACGACGACGCUGGCGGCGGCCACAAAAAAGUCCUACAGCACAUCUGUGAGUACAUCCUGUUGCGGCAGCACGAUAUUUCCCGGAUCGCAUUCGCCGGGGAGCUUUGCGACCGGGUGAUCGAGCUGCCGAAGUGUCACUUUUCGCAUCGCUACGGCAACGGGCAAGACCAACUAAUCGACAUCAAUAUGAAAUUCAACGAGUUCGCUCGAUUGCUCCGAUCGCUGAAGGAUCUGCCCCUGAGCAUCACCAGCGUACAGGGCCUAUCCGAGGAGAUAGCCUACACCGCCGUGUUCCCCCAAACCUCAACUUCGUGCGACACGGACGCCCGGCUCAUAACCAGAAUCAACGGCCGCUGUGUUCCCAGACCGGCGGCGGCAGAUCAGGGCGUCCCUAAGCUCGUCAAGCCUGUGGAUAUUUUAUUGGUGAUGGAGAGCAGCAGCAAGUGGCCCGAUGAGCUCGGGGCCAUCAGACACAUAAAAACGGCGUUUUAUUUCGCGCUGGCCACAAAACUCGAGGGUCGCGAGUGCCAAGUGUUCCCCGAACACCUGCUAGUCCUCUUCCAGGGCCUGGUGUUCCGGAUCCGGAUCUCGUGCCCGAAGGAAAUUCCCCUUUCGAAACAAGAGGUAACCCCGGAGGGUAUGGUAAGAUUGGUCGAGAGCAAGAUGAGCCAACAGCUCGAGUUCGAACACGGCCCACUCCCGCAGCUGAUAUCGGCCUUGCAUGGACUGCACUUGCAGUAUCCGUCGUUCGGGUCGGCGUGCCGCAUCGCGAAACGAUGGCUCUCGUGCCAUCUGUUGUACGACGCCUUCGCCCCUCUCGUCGUGGAUCUCGUGGUGGCGUCGCUGUAUCUGAACCCGUUGCCGUUGAGUUGCGCGCCUCCCCAUUCGGCCAGAUCGGCCUUUCAGAGGUUCCUCCACACUCUCGCGACUUUCGACUGGCGUCUGAACCCGCUCAUCGUGAAUAUAAACAAUCAAUUCAGCCCAGACGAUAUUCAACAGAUCAACUCGCACUUCACCCGACAGCGGCAAUCGCUGCCUCCCAUGUACAUUCGGACCCCAUUCGACAAAACGCACAUAUCAUCAUUCGUCACGUCAGAUAAACCCACGGGCCUCGCUCUGCACCGAGCCUCGCAACUGGCAGGCAAGUGCCUCGGCGUUUUCGAAGCUAAAAUGGCCGGGGGCCAGGGCGUUCUCGGAAUUUUCCGCACUUCUCUCGAGGUGUUUGAUUUCGUAAUAAAAUUGGACCCGCGCUCCGUGGCUACAUCACACCUAGCCCUCGACAGUCAGGAGAAGCUGUCGUUCACCAAGAUCCGAGACGAAAUCCCGGUGGUGGACCUCGAUCCUGUUUCGAUCUACGUCUCCGAGCUACGAGCCGCGUUUGGUCAUCUAUGCGUGCUGUUCUACGACGGAUACGGCGGGACGGACAUUGGGGGUCUGUGGAUACCGAAGGCACAAGUCCCGUUGCCGUUCAAGGUGCGCAACGUCAACGCAAGGAAACUCGUCGAGCCGGCGAACGUACUCGUUCCGAAUUACAGUGCGAUUUUCGCUGAUUUCAAAACGCUCGGUCAGGGCCUGGUAACUGACGUCGUGGAGCAGAGAUGUCCGAACAACUACAAUCAGCGGGUUCGUAAAGACAGUCGAUAAAUUUCUAUCGGUUGCAGAUUUCCGAUAGGGGAGCGUAGGGCUUGUUGUGCGGCCGAGCAGAUAUUGUGAAAAUGAGAGUGAAGCUAAUCGGUACAUACAAUAAAUCCGCA